AUGCCUUCUACAUAUCAGGUUGUUUUUAAACUUAAAGAUGCUUGGAGAUGCGAUUCAGAGUUUCAAUCAAGAUUAUUAUUAGUCCAAGAGAUAUCCGAUACAGAUAUUUUGGGAAAUGAUGGUUCUAUACGGGUAACUACGACAAUGAAACCAAAGGAAUUGAAGGAAUAUAUUUCCAAGACUAUGAAAAUAAAGGGAAAAGUAGUUAAUUACACUAAAUUGAGGCCGCUCAACUCUAAACCGAAUUCUGGUCAUGCUUCUGAUGGAUCUUCUUCUCCUAGUGAAUAUAGAAACACUGAUUAUUACCCACCUCAACCUCAAUAUCCCUCCAAUUACUUUCCACCAAUAUUUGAGUCUCAGCCUCAACCUAAUUAUUAUCCACCACUCCAAAUAGAGUAUCCGACCGGACCAAAUUAUGAUUAUGGAUCUGGAUCUAUGCAACCCACCAAUAACAUGGGUUCUGGAUAUCAAUUGAAUGAUAUGCCACCCACAAAUAAUAUGGGUUCUGGAUAUCAAUAUGGAUAUCAAUCAAAUGAUAUGCCACCCACCAAUAACAUGGGUUCUGGAUAUCUAUCUGAUAUCAUACAACCCGCCAAUAACAUGGGUUCUGGAUAUCUAUCUGAUAUCAUACAGCCCAAUAAUAACAUGGAUUUUGGUAAUUAUAAUAACAACAAUGGGUACAACAACAACAAUGGGAACAACAACAACAAUGGGGACCAAGAUGGUUGCUUUAUUAUGUGA